CACUGCCAAUGUCACCCUAACUGUGCACUAUCCCCCGGAGGACGUGACGAUACUCGGGCCCACGGUGGUAGCGGCGGGGCAGCUCUUCACCCUCACCUGCCGCUCCUCCCCAGCCAAUCCCCCACCCACCCUCACCUGGCGCCUCCAAGGGUCCCGCAUAGCCUCUGGAGCCGCAGUAGUGAGCGAGGGGGGCUGGCGGCGGGUGGGUGACCUCGGCCCAGCUCAGCCACCACAUGCCCAAGACGCCGGACACCACGCAGACCACAGCCCAGUGCCUCGCCUCCCACCCGCUCUCCAGCCACCUCCUCUCCCAAACCCACGUCAUCACCGUCAUCAAGCGUCCCGGUUGGCCCGUGGUAGAGGUGACGGGCGAGGACGAGUUGGUGGAAGGCGGUACGCAGCUCACUGUCACCUGCACCUCCCAGGGCGGCAAUCCUCCCCCGGCCCUCACUCUAUACAAGGCGGGCCAGAAAGUGGUGGGCGUGGAGGACGAGAGCGCAGGGGGCGUGACGCGGAUCCGUGCUCAGCUGCGCGUCACGAGGGUAGACAAUGGGAAGCAGGUCACGUGUAAGGUCACCAACCCAGCUACCACCACGCCCAUGACUUCCCACUCCACCAUCAGCCUAAGAUUUCCCCCGACGGAAGUAUCAUCGUGGGUGACGCCGAGCAGUGUGGAGGCGGGCCAGGUAGCGACUCUCACCUGCCAAUCUUCGUCUAGCGUGCCGCCUUCCACCCUCGUCUGGCACUCCAACGGUGUGCCCCUGACGGAGACGACCCACACGCAGUCCCAGGGUCUCUACGGCGGCACUGUUUCCACGUCAGAGGUGGAGGUGAGGGCGACUGCAGAGGACCACGGGCGUGUGUUCACCUGCGAAGCCGCCAACGGUAUGGGCGUCGCUACCAACACGACGCUGGUUCUCGACGUGAUCCACGGGCCGAUGUGGGUGUGGGCGCCCGAGGGGAAGGUGGACGUGACAGAGGGCGAGGACCUGAUCAUCACAGUGCUCGCUACUGCCAAUCCGGGCCCAGUAAGGUACAGCUGGUGGCGGGGUCCCGAGGCGCUGCAGAAUGAGGGCCAUGAUGACGACGGGGGACAACUGAGACUGCCCCGCACCUCCCGCCGCCUCUCGGGGAAUUACACUGUCAUUGCCCGCACCUCCCAGGCCGCCAUCAACUCCUCCUUCUCCAUCAACGUGCAGUAUGGGCCGGAGGAUUUACUGGCAGCCAAGCGUGUGACGGUGGACGAGGACAGCGCCGCCACCGUGCUGUGUUCUGCUGCUGGCAACCCGCCGCCCAACAUCACCUGGGUGAGGGAAACCGCGGACACCAGGCCCGAAACCAUACUGUCCUCUGGGCUGAGGGAGGCCCGUCUGGUGCUGGAGUGGGCCCGCAAGGAGGACACUGGCCUCUACCUUUGCUACGCCUCCAACAGCAUCGACUCGCCUCCUCCGAUCUCCACCGCCAUCGUUGUGACACAGGCUCCCGAGCCUGUGUCCAGCAUCACACAAACGGGAGAGACUGAGCGGCGCUCCCUGGCACCCAUCGGGGGCAUGGGCGUGCUGGACUGCCGCGUGAGGGCCGCACCCUCGCCCACAUUCACCUGGACGGCGGGGGACAAGGAAAUUUUCUCAGAUGGAAGGAAAUACAUCAUCCACGUGCCACAGCUGGUGGAUGACGUAAUAGAAUGGUCAUCGGUGCUGGAAGUGAAGAGUGUCACUAUACGAGACUACUUGAACUAUACCUGCGCCGCCCACAACUCCCAGGGCUCCCACUCCGUCUCCUUCACCCUCACGCCGCCCAUCCUGCCCGCCGCGCCCAUUAGCUUCAACGUGAGCAUACAAACUUCAAGCUCUGUCAUUGCCUCCUGGAUCAACAACCCAUCAGGUGCUGCGCCAGAUGGAUACCUGCUGCAGUACCACACCACAGACGGUGGCAGCAAGGAGCUCCUGGAUGUCCACGGUAGCAACACAACAAGGACCAUCGUCAAGGGCCUCACUCCUACAGCAGAAUACUCCUUUGUCAUCCAAGCCUACAAUGACCGAGGCCACUCCAACCACACCUCACCACCUGUCAAGAUUACAAUGCUAGGUGGGCUGGAGGAGGCAGCAGUGGGGAGCAGUGUGAGUGGCCAGCAGCCCCGAGUGUCCCGCCUCAUCAUGCUCCUCAUCUGUCUCACUGCCACUGCUCUCUUUGUCCUCAACAUCUCCAUCAUUGUCUGCUUCUUGCGGCGGCGAGCUCUGAAGAGAAAUGUUUCAGCUUCAUCAAGCAAGACCACCGCGCUGGAGGUCUACACCCCUACCUCAGGGACCUUGACUCAGGGAGAUGAGUUUCCCCUCACAUCUAUAAGUGAAGGUCCUCCUCCUGAGUAUCAGUCCAUCGACAGUCAGACACGACUGGAGGAAAGUGAGCACACCUGCCUCAUCAACUCCCACACCAACUCCAACACACCUGAACCUCUGCCUCCUUUCUCUGGCACCUCUUCACGGUCCAGGAGCUCCAGUCCACUGCUGAAUGGAGGCGUGAGUGGGAAGAGUGACAUAUUUCUUCUUGAAAAUGACAAAGUAUCUUCUGAAGACAAAACAACUAUUGUUGCUUCAGCAAGCCCACAAAGACAUGAAUACGAGCAGUUUCAGGAAACAAGAAAUGUUAUCCAUUCCUCAAAUAAUCCUGAUGUUUGUCCCACAACAUCAGACAGCUGUGAUCCUUUACUAGAACAGCAAGAGACAUUUAACCCUUAUGAAGAUGAUCAAGUCUCAAUAGCAUCAUCCCAGCACAGCAGUGAAUCUUAUGGCUUCUCCAAGAGACCCCACAACAUAAGUUCUGUACAAUACCAAAUACCACGACAACCCACUCAGGUCAUAUAUCAUGGCCAGCCACACCUUCAACAGCAGCUGGAGGAAGAACAGCAGCUGUACCAGAAGAUGCCAAUGUGCUACCACCUCCCCUCACACUCCCCUCAGUACAAUCAGCCUCACCAACUGCCAACUAUGAGACCAAGCUUCAGCCCUUCAAUCCAGAUAGAAGCUUCAGGUUUUUGUGAGGACAACUGUGAACAGAUACAGGAGACAGCAGGCACAUCAGGAGCAUAUGCAACAGGCCAGCCACGCAGGAGUUGUCUCAAACCAUCUCAAUACAAUGCUCUACAGCGCUCCCACUCAGUGCACAGCUACAGUUACAGCAGCCUUCAGUGUGUCCACCACCACCACCUGGGUGUAGAUCAGUGCUGCACCGGCAGCUUCUACAGUAACCCACAACUGAAUGCCUCCCAUGCAGCCGUAUGUGGGAAAGCUAAAGAGUAUCCUGUCUAUUACUCAAAAUCAAGAACUAACAUCCCUAACUGCACCAGACACAACAGUAUCAGUGGCUACAUAGGAUACAAGAGCCAUCUGCAUCCUGAUGACUACAGCCCUGUGCCUCCUGACCUGUGUAAAAUGACUUCCUCAGGCACAAAAAGAGUUGGCUGGAAGGAAGUUCUUCACGAGGGUUCAGAGUCCACAAUGCUGCCCUCUCGAGGUUCUACAGACACUUCCACUUCCUCCACCACUUCUACCAUCACCCUGGGUCCAAAGCAUCCCUCAAGUUGCUCAAGGCAAGAUAGUAUAAAAAGCAAUAAUACAGUCAAGUUAGGUAACACUGAUAAGAAAAUUCAUGCAAUAGAUGAUCAAUAGAAAUAUAUCUAGUCAAAGAAUAUAAUGUAUACCAAAUAAGAAAGGCUUUUUGAGUUUCAUACGGAUUUUAGUGUCUGAAAUGUUAGUAUACAUACUGACACUCCUAAGUUUGCAAUAUGUGCCAAGUACCACUUUGUUGAAAGCUUAAAUUUUACUCAACUCCUGAAAUUUAUAUGUAUACUUGUACUCCUACACUUUAAGAGAAAGGUACUGAGGGAAAGUUGAGAAACAUGCAUCAUGAGUUGCUUUCACUGUUGAUCCUGAUAAUGAUAUUUCUUUUAUGUUGAAAACAAGGAAUGGGGUUUCUAUCUACACAUAACUGGAGAAAAACUUAAAUAAAUUAUAUAUAUAUAUAUAUAUAUAUAUAUAUAUAUAUAUAUAUAUAUAUAUAUAUAUAUAUAUAUAUAUAUAUAUAUAUAUAUAUAUAUAUAUAUAUAUAUAUAUACAUACACACACACACACACACACACACACACACACUGUACAGUAAGAAAUUUGUAAAAUAAUUUUCAGAUAUUUGUAACCAGAGACUAAAGAUAGCAGUGAAACAAGUACUUCUGCCAAACAAUGUUAGCUUUCCUUCACAGGUAUAAUUUUCCAUUUUAUAUAUAUAAAAGACCAUUGUGGUGCCUUUUAAGGAUUCAUAUAGACUGAGAUGUUGGCAUGAAACAUUCACAGUUACGUUUCUUAGAAGAUAUUUUAAUGGAAUCCUAUGACACACAUACACACACACUCACUCUCACACACACACACACACACACACACACACACACACACACACACACACACACACACACACACACACACACACACACACACGCACACACACACACACACACACACACACACACACACACACACAGGUAAGUGAAAUUUUUGUAGAGUAAAAGCUGUGUGAUGUCAAUUCAAAAUGUGUACUGUCAAUUCUUUUCCUUUUGGCCAACCUGUGUGUGCAUGUACUGAGAUGUACAUGUUAGUACAUCUUCAGUGGUGUCCCAUAUAUUUUCUUCUCUCCAUGUGGCUAUGCUGUCCACUGCACUUUUCCUUCAAUGAAGCCACAAAGAAAGUAAAGCCAUGUAACAGUUGUAAUCUAAUAAAGAAGUGGUAGAGUCUGAAUCAUCCUCACCAUCACCAUCACUACCAACCACAACACACACUAUUGUUCCCAGGCCAGUGGUGUCUUAGACUCUUAUGCCACUUAUAUUCAUGACACUAUAUUUUGAUUGUAAAUGCUGUCCCCAUGUACUUCUGUUUGUAUAUUUGUAUGUAUUAACAAUGGUUGAUCAUUAUAUCUG